CGUCUCCUCCUUCUCCAUGUCGUGUGAUAAGGAGCUCGCCGCCGCCAAGAAGGCCGCCUUUCUCGCCGCUUCUCUCUGCCAGAAAGUGCAAAAGGCAUUAUUUGAAUCAGAUGUUCAGUGGAAAUCAGACAGAACUCCCGUCACAGUGGCAGAUUAUGGUUCACAAGCCAUAGUUAGUUUUGUGCUGGAAAGAGAGCUUUCAGAUGAACCACUCUCGUUAGUGGCAGAGGAGGAUUCGGGAGAUCUUUGCAAGGAUAGUGGAAAAGACAUCCUCCAGCGCAUAACAAAGCUCGUAAAUGAAACUAUUGCAAUUGAUGAUUCAUAUAGUGCUUGUACUUUAUCACCAGAAGAUGUACUUAAGGCAAUUGACAGUGGGAAGUCAGAAGGUGGCUCUUCUGGCCGACACUGGGUCUUGGAUCCUAUAGAUGGUACUAAAGGGUUUGUAAGGGGGGAUCAAUAUGCAGUAGCAUUAGCUUUAUUGGAUAAUGGGGAAGUAGUGUUGGGUGUCCUUGCUUGUCCAAAUCUUCCAUUAGCAUCUAUCGCUGGGAAUGUGCCAUCGGAAAGUGCUGUUGGCUGUCUAUUCUACGCAAAAGUUGGUUCAGGGACUUUCAUGCAGUCAUUGGAUGGAUCAUCACCUGUGAAGGUUCAUGUCAGUGAUAUUGGAAAUCCGGAAGAUGCGUCAUUCUUUGAACCAUUUGAGAAAGCACACUCCAUGCAGGAGUUGACAAGCUCCAUUGCAAGGAAACUUGGUGUCAAAGCCCCGCCAGUGAGGAUAGAUAGCCAGGCCAAAUACGGAGCUCUUUCCAGAGGCGAUGGAGCAAUAUACAUGCGCUUCUCUGGCAAAGGGUACCGUGAGAAAAUUUGGGAUCAUGCUGCUGGGUGCAUUGUUGUUACUGAGGCCGGAGGAGUGGUGAUCGAUGCAGCAGGACGACCUCUGGAUUUCUCCAAAGGACGACACCUCGACUUGGAUGCCGGGAUUAUAGCUACCAAUCGAAUGUUGGUGCCAUCAAUCUUGAAGGCUGUAAGAGAAUCCUUGGAGGAGAAACCUUCCUCGGGGUGAUGCUACAACACUACUGUUUUCUGUCCCUAUGGCAUCGAUGCAACUCGUGCAACGCGGCAGGAAGGAUUUGGUCCUUUCUGUCGUCUGUCAACAGUAAAAUUUAGCUUUACUUCAGGGUAGCAACUGAAGUGCAAUAAGAAAAUUCGAGUUCAAGGGAGCAACUCACAUUGUAUUCGCUGUGUAAUGUGCAGAACAUCCAUCUUUUGAUGCCUAAGAAGUUGGGCGAACACAUUUUAUUGAACCCACUAGUGUAAUGAGAGGUGACCAUAAAUUGUGAAACUGGAAGAGA